CUCUGUGGCCUUGAAAUGAUGUAUUUUCUCCACUGUACCAGAGAACUGAUCUUAAUGCUGCCUUCAACUUGCUAAACCGAACUGACAUUAUAGCCUCCCAGGUGGUGCGUGAGUGCCAAUGUCCCACAGUGAGAAUGCAAGCCUUUGCUGCUUUGGGCUCCUCUUGCUUUCUUCACAAUUCCCCUCACCAUGCAAAGCCCAGGAAUUUUGUGCUCAAACCGCAUUGCAGCCUGAGAAAGCAGGAAAGAAGAAACCUUGAAACCAGUUGGCCUACCAUUUCACUCUCGCUUUUUGGUUCAGGUUUCUUUCUGGGUCCCCUUAUUGAUGGACUUCAUUCUGGGGUGAAUCUUGUAGUAUAUGAAAGUGGCUCUAUCAAUAUUGGUCCUCUCCACACAAACAUCUGGGUUCCUUCCUUGCUUGGAUUGUUUUACUGCACUGUUGGGUUGCUUCAACUCUUCUUGGAUGAAAGGGUCUCGUCAAAGAUUUCAGAGGGAAGCCUGGCUAAGUCAGCUGUUUCACUGUUAGCACUGGUACUAUUUAUCGAAUUGAGUGCUGAACUCUAUAAAGCUGGAGUAGCAGACAACAUCGAGGCGUACAUAUUAUUUGCAGCAGCAGAGUUGAUCUGGUUUUCCCUGGACAGGACAUGGCUUGGGUUCACUCUAGCAUGCAUUCUUGGCAUUUGCUGCCCUCUGGCUGAGAUUCCCUUAAUGAAGUUUCACCUUUGGUAUUAUCCACAAGCAAACAUAGAAAUCUUUGGCCAGGGUCUAGUCAGCUGGACAGUAACUUGCUAUUUUGUUUACACACCAUUUCUGAUCAAUUUAUCACGGUUGCUGAAAUCUAGGAUUGCUGCUGACACAGACAAUAAGUCUGCCUAGACAACUAUGUUUGGACAGGCAUUGUGCCAAAGUUUAAGAAAAGGCAACAAAGUCAAACUGAAUAGAGUUUAAUGUAGAAGUUCUUUUAGAUAUCCAGGCUGACUUCCCCCACUUCCAUUGCUUUAAAUUCCACUCCUCUUCCUCCUCUGAACUUGGUUCCAUUGCUCACUCACCUUUCCCUGAACACUCGUAGAGUUAUCAAUAAGUGCUGAACAAUCUUUUUUAAGUGUUGGACUGUAAAUAUAGUGUAAGAUACAUAUUCCAAUAUAAGACACAAACAUUCAUUCCCUUGCAUGUAUUGGUUUACUCAUAUAUAAUACAAUUCUUGGACAAGUUGGCUUCAGC